CGCGGUGCCCUUUCAGUAUAUGACCAGUGUUUGUGCUGCGAGCAACGGGACGUUCGCCGGCGAAGUCGUGGAGCGCAACUCUCGCCAACUCCGCAACUGCCAACUUUCGACGCUGCACAUGCACGAGACCGACUCGCAUUCCUAGGGCCAUGGGAGUCAGCGGCCAAAUAGCCGGGGUGGAUUGAGAUCGUGCAACCAUGCAUAUCCUGCAAACCCUUCCGACGACUGCGACACUCCUAGUGCACAUGCUUUUGAUGUUUCAGUUCGAAGGAGUUUCUGGCUUCGAGCCGGACUUCCUCUACCCGCUGGAGAACAUCACGGUGGCCCAGGGACGCGAUGCCACUUUUACCUGUGUGGUAAAUAAUCUGGGGGGAUACAGGGUGAGUGGGGAUCUCGCCACAGCCAGGGUCGCGUGGAUAAAAGCGGACACCAAGGCAAUAUUAGCCAUCCAUGAGCACGUUAUUACCAACAACGCACGAUUAUCCGUAACACACAACGAUUUCAACACAUGGACGUUAAAUAUACGGAACGUUAAAAGAGAAGACCGGGGUCAGUAUAUGUGCCAAGUAAACACUGAUCCGAUGAAAAUGCAGACUGCCUAUCUGGAAGUGGUAAUUCCUCCGGACAUUAUUUAUGAAGAAACGUCGGGAGAUAUGAUGGUACCGGAAGGUGGUUCCGCCAAGUUGAUAUGCAAGGCUCGAGGUUAUCCUAAACCGCGUAUCGUGUGGAGACGGGAGGACGGCGCCACCAUCGUGGCGAGGGGCACCGGCGGCAGCAGGGCGGAAAGACUCACUUCCGUCGAAGGAGAAAUGCUCAGCUUGACCAAGGUCACGAGGUCGGAAAUGGGGGCCUAUUUGUGCAUCGCCGCCAACGGGGUGCCGCCGUCUGUCAGCAAGAGGAUGAUGCUGCACGUGCACUUUCACCCCUUGAUACAAGUUCCCAACCAGCUCGUCGGCGCCCCGGUUAACACCGAUGUCACCCUCCAGUGUCACGUAGAGGCAUCACCGAAGGCAAUCAACUACUGGACCAGGGAAAGCGGAGAGAUGAUCAUCACCAACGACAAGUACUUCAUGACAGAAAUCAACAAUUCCUAUUACAGCGUACAAAUGAAGCUAAUCAUAAGAAGAUUCCACAAAUCCGAUCUAGGAGGUUACAAAUGUAUCUCCAAAAACUCGAUCGGUGAUGCCGAGGGCAACAUUCGUCUCUAUGAAAUGGAGAUCCAAAACCGGGCAGAUUCCGACGACGAGAACAUGGACGAGGACGUCGAAACGGAGAAUACGGAGAAGCGUCUGUAUAACGGCUUUCAAGGGCCACUUACCGAAACUGAAGAGAGCAGCUUGCAGCCGAAUGUCAGUUCCGGAAGUUCCGGGAGUACGGACACGAUGCUGCGAUCCGGGGGGCUGCUGUUGGUACUGUUCUUGUUGAUUUGACGCUGCGGUGUGCGGUGCGCGGACACAGUGCAAUGUGAUAUGUGCCAAAUCUACUCGUGCUUCGCUACCUAACGCUGAGUGUCGUCUGUAUCAUACGAACUGUCUAGCAAAUGUUAAAAGUAGCAUGAUAAAUGUUAAGCCUCUGUUGCAUUUAGACGCCUGCUAAGUCGUUUAUUUCUGUUUAAUAUAUCAAAUCUAAACGAUCGUAUAUGUUUAGUAGUCGAUUCCGUUAAGGUUUCGUUCCAAAAUUUAUUUACUGUUGCAUAAAAUGUUUAUAUUUAAGCUAAAUAAAUUGUUUCGAAUUUUA